AAAACCCUUGCCGUUUGCACAUAGACUCGAUUGAACGACAGUCUUACAUCAUGAAAGCCUUCUGGAUGCUGGGCCUCGGUUCAGCUGCGCCCACAGUAGCAUUCGAUGUGCUUCAACAUCUCGGCGGAAAUUCUCCCUGGUUUGCUAGUCCCAAUGUCAAUAACAUAUCCCCGCAGGUUCCAGAUGGAUGCACAGUCGAUCAGGCUGUAUACAUCGUCCGUCAUGGUAGUCGGUAUCCUGAUCCCAGUGCAUAUCAACAAUGGCUCGCGCUAUAUGAUAAGAUCCAAUCCUCCCAGUAUAACGCAUCAGGGGCCCUGGCCUUCUUACCUGAUUGGACUCCUGUUCUAAGACAUCCCGAUCAAGAGCUCUCCCAGGUGUCCAUUACAGGCUACAAGGAGUUAUAUAACUUGGGCGCCGACCUACGCUUCCGCUAUCCCACAUUCUAUACAGACAAUACCCCUUACCUUCUCUGGGCUAAUGAUUACGAGAGAACCAUUGAUUCCGGCAGACUCUUCGCCCGCGGCUACCUCGGCCCCAACUCCAGCUACGGCGACAUCUACGUCGUGAACGCAGACACCGCUUCAGCCAUAGGCAACUCCCUAGCUACAUCGGACUUGUGUCCGAAUUUCCAAGAUUCAAGUGGCGGAGCAUACGCCUCGACCUGGGAUAGCAUCUACCUACCGCCGAUCACAAAAAGGCUCAAUAAUCUCUUAAAUGGGAACCUGACUUUUUCAGAUUCAGAUGUUUCCAACUUUCCUUAUUUAUGCGGAUUCGAAAGCCAAAUCACAGGCUCGAAGAGUCCGUGGUGUGAUGUUUUGGAAAAUGAAGAGAUUUUGCAAUAUGAAUAUCGUCAGGAUUUGAGAUAUUAUUAUGGUACAGGUCCCGGCGCAGAAAAGAACAUGACUGUCAUGAUGCCCGUUCUCCAAGGCGUGGUGGAUUUAUUACAGAAAGGCCUGAAUGCCACAACGGUGUCCGGCGAUAAUAGCACGAUUACAUUACCCCAGCUCAUCGUGGCUUUCACACAUGAUAAUCAAAUCAAUGAAUUGGCGUCGAUUCUGGGAGUUUUCGAUCACCAGGUGCCGUUGUCUUGGACGGGGGUUGAUUGGGAUCGGAUAUAUAGGAGCAGUAAUAUAACUCCGAUGCGAGGAACGAUUGCCUUUGAGCGUUUGCAGUGCGCUGUGGCAUCUACGGGUUCUUAUGAACAGACCGGGAAGCAGGUAACUCUUCGCAUUCUACUGAAUGAUGCUGUGUAUCCGCUUCCAUUCUGCCAUUCCGGGCCCGGGUCCAGCUGUCCAUUGGGAGAUUACGUAGAGUAUGUAACCAAGAAACGGAAGGAGUACGGGUCGUUUGCUUCCAUUUGUGGGUUACCGGAGACGAGUGUCACGACUGCUCAGGUGGAUGGGGCUGUUAGUUUCUUUACGGAUCUAACACUUCCGUUUUUGAGCGUUGUGAAGCCAUAGUAAGAGGCGAUUGCGUCAAGGUAUG